UUUCUGAAGAUCAAACCGCUGUAGGACGUCCAUUUGUCCCGCGGCAUGCACAUUCGUCUUCGACGGCCAACCGCGGGAACCUCACCCUCACCCUAUGUCACCAACGUCGAGGCCGCCUUACCAUCAACCGCUGGACGCGAACACCUCUGGGCAACAUGGAUCGAAUGAGCACCCUCCCCACCAUCAAAUGUUCAUCUUGUGGAGUAGAUAUCGACAUUCUACAACUAGCAGACCAUGUCUGUGUCACAGCGUCGCCUUCAGCAGAUGCUGAGCCCACGUCGCCAACUUCGCCGAAGCUCAAGCGCGCUGCGACUUUUGGAGGGCCGUCAUUCAGCAACAGGUCGGCCGGUCCGGCGCCAUCUGGACGCAUGCCUCCUCCUCCUCGAAUCGACUCAAUUGCAGCCAAUCACCCAUUUCGUCCGUUAGAGCCAUCACCUAUGAGUAAGCACAGUGAUCCAAGGGGCCGUACCCCACGGUCAGCUGUAGCACCACCAAAGUCUCCAUUCAAGAUGAACCGAAGCGUAACGACUCCAUUACCGCGACCCAAGGCACCUCCUUCACCCGACGUCUCUGUGAAUAUGGACUGUGCCUUCCCGCCUUUCCCUAGCAAAAGUGCGACCCCCCGGAGUGCAAAACCACAAACGCGAGAUCGAUUAGAACUGCCGAACCAACAAGGAUACGCCGAACCAAGCCCUCUGUUUGCGCCACUGAGUCCUCGAACAAAUGGUGGACACAAUAUCACAAAACGGAUGGAUACAAUUGCGCCUGGGCCAUUCGAUGGAAGAGCAGAGCGUAGGCCUAGUACAGCGAGCAGGCCUGGUACAGCGAGUACAUCCAGAUCACCUGCACGAGGUGGAUCGUCACAAGGACACAGGAGAACGCAAACACAGGACAGCACAAGAAGUAACGAGAGUAUACAGAAGCAGCACACCUCCCCAGCCUCGAUCGCGUCGCGCAGUUCCUCAUACUCGAGUCGCAGUAGGGGUCUUCCUUCUCGCCCAAAUGGAAUCAGUGGGCCCCCUCCUCCACCACUCCCACCCGCCUCCGAAGAGCCCGAAAGCAUCGACGCUUUCCUGGAUCGCUUACAGAAAGAGACCAUGCAGCCUCCACAGGCUGGCUCAGACAGUGGACCCAGGGCAAAUGUAGUGCGACAGGCGAGUGGAGAGAAAAGACAACCACCGCCGCGGCCAAGGAGGCCAUCGGAACGAGACUUGCCCCUCGCAGCGGACAUGAAUUCCUCCACCUACCCACCUCGCUCGAGCAACAAUUCUCCUUUGCGUAAUCCUAGUCGCAGUGGCUCAGAAGUCGAUGUUCCACAGAGUUCUGCGCCUUUCCGGCCUGUUCAACCACCACUUUCGAUUGCGCCCAUAUUCGGGCACGAUAACACACUACAUCCACUACAUACACCUUCAGACUCGGGUCUGUCAGAUGACUCAUAUGCGAGCUCCAGUCUCCGCAGUGCAGCAAGCUCUCGAUCAAGUCCACCAGGAUCAGUGGUGGGACACUCUCGGGAACUGUCCAAGAUUAGCCGCUCCGACUACAUUGCUGAAGAGACCUCCACAAGGACCGCUAGUCCUGAAUCAUACGCAGAUUCGCGGCCAACGAGAGGGCCUGGAAGUCAUACAGGUCCAAAUAUGCCUCCGCCGAUUCGAGCAUUAACGCCAGAUUUCCACAACAUGCCAGAGUCCCCUAUGGACCCUGCGGUUCAAAGGGGUGCUUCAUUCGACAGGCGCCCGUCACGAGACCGUGCCCCGAACAUUGAGAGGAGCCCCUCACCGCGCAUACCCGAUUCCCAGCUACAACAGCAGCCAGAGACUCGGCGCCCCAAACCCGCAAGCAAGGGAGAAUGCCGUGGAUGCUCCGAGCCCAUCAUUGGAAAGUCUGUCAAGGACUCAUCAGGUCGCCUAACCGGACGCUACCACAAGCAGUGCUUUGUUUGCCGAACCUGCGGCGACUCCUUCCCCACCGCAGAGUUCUAUGUUUUCGAAAAUGCUCCCUACUGCGAACACCACUAUCACAGGCUCAAUGGAUCGUUGUGCAUGUCAUGCGACCGCGGUAUCGAAGGCCAAUACCUCGAGACCGAUAUGCGUCAGAAGUUCCACCCCAGAUGCUUGACCUGCGCGACGUGCCGCAUCGUCCUGCGCGACGACUAUUUCGAAGUUGGCGGGCGGAAAUACUGUGACCGCCAUGGGCAGCGCGCCGCAGCUCCCCAACAAAGCUCCCUGGGACCUGGAGGCUACAGACCGCGAAACGUGCAAAAGCGCCGAACGAGACUCAUGAUGAUGGCGUGAGCAACUUCCGUCACACUUCCACUAAUCGCUUUUCUUCUUCCUUCUUUUUACUGACGUUUUCUUUCGUUACGUCGUCAUCUAGCGAGUCGGUUUUGCUGCAUUCGCAUGAACAUUCUUCGAUACCGUUCGUUCUGAUACCCGGCCAGCCCGGGCCUUAUCCUUCAAACUCCUUUACUUUCUUUAUAUACCCGUCCAUCGCGCAUUUGCGAUGGUCUUGUACUUACCUUCCACAUCGAUGCAAACCGCGUUGAACUAGCCUCUGGAACAGGCAGCUUCUGUUGGAUAUACCCAUUCUUACCCCUUUUUUUGUUCCCAUAGUUUUGGUCUCUUGGGAGAUGUGGUCUAGUUUGUCUAUAACGCGUUCCGACUUGAUGUCUACACUACUCUCUAAUAUAUUAAUGUUUACUCCACAC